GGCGGCGGCGGUGGUCGGUGCGGGCGGAGGUAGGGGAGCCCUCGGGCCAGAGAGGGGGCGACUGGGGCGCCAGCGGCCUGAAGAGGCCCGGGCGGUGGCGGCGGCGGCGGCGGCAGAGGAGGAGGCCGAGGUGGAGCGUGGAGAGGUGUGGCUGGACCAAGACCUCCCCCAAUGUGAGCAGACUUCUUCCCCUCAUCACCUGUUGGCAGCACGCCAGGGAACAUCUUCAAGCCCUGGCCCUCAGGGGAGAAAUAACAAGAGCCCAGAGCCGAGACCAUGUGACGGCGCUGGCCCUUGCCACCGCCGUCCCCCCCACCCUGGCCCCAGGCCUGGCACCAUGAUGUUCCGAGACCAGGUGGGCAUCCUUGCUGGCUGGUUCAAGGGCUGGAAUGAGUGUGAGCAGACAGUGGCCCUGCUGUCACUUCUGAAGCGGGUCACUCGUACCCAAGCUCGCUUCCUGCAGCUCUGCCUGGAGCACUCCUUAGCGGACUGCAAUGACAUCCACCUGCUGGAGUCAGAAGCCAACAGUGCUGCUAUCGUCAGCCAGUGGCAACAGGAAUCCAAAGAGAAAGUGGUGUCCCUCCUGCUGUCCCACCUGCCUCUGCUUCAGCCAGGAAACACAGAGGCUAAGUCCGAGUACAUGAGGCUGCUGCAGAAAGUACUGGCCUACUCAAUUGAGAGCAAUGCCUUCAUCGAGGAAAGCCGCCAGCUGCUCUCCUAUGCUCUCAUCCACCCAGCCACCACUCUGGAGGACCGCAACGCAUUGGCCCUCUGGCUGAGCCACCUUGAAGAGCGACUGGCUAGCGGCUUUCGUACCAGGGCAGAGCCCUCCUACCACUCACGACAGGGCUCUGAUGAGUGGGGGGGCCCUACAGAGCUGGGCCCUGGAGAGGCAGGGCCAGGCUGGCAGGACAAGCCCCCCCGAGAAAAUGGACACGUGCCCUUUCACCCAUCCAGCUCAGUGUCGCCAGCCAUCAACAGUAUUGGGAGCAACGCAAACACAGGUCUCCCCUGCCAAAUCCACCCUAGUCCACUGAAGCGCUCCAUGUCACUCAUCCCAACGAGCCCCCAGGCUCCUGGUGAGUGGCCAAGUUCAGAGGAGCUCAGUGCCCGGGCACCUUUCACCACACCGGACCACGCACCCCUCUCACCCCAGAGCAGCGUGGCCUCCUCUGGCAGUGAGCAGACGGAGGAGCAGGGCUCCAGCCGCAACACUUUCCAAGAGGAUGGCAGUGGUAUGAAAGAUGUACCCUCAUGGCUCAAGAGUCUCCGCUUGCAUAAGUAUGCUGCCCUCUUCUCGCAGAUGAGCUAUGAGGAAAUGAUGACACUGACUGAGCAGCACCUAGAGUCCCAGAAUGUCACCAAAGGGGCCCGUCACAAGAUAGCCCUGAGCAUCCAGAAGCUGCGCGAGAGGCAGAGCGUUCUCAAGUCCCUAGAGAAGGAUGUGCUGGAAGGUGGGAAUCUGCGGAAUGCUCUGCAGGAGCUACAGCAAAUCAUCAUCACCCCCAUCAAGGCCUACAGUGUCCUUCAGGCCACUGUGGCUGCCGCUGCUGUCACCCCUACUGCCAAAGAUGGGGGUCGAGGAGAGCCGCUGCUGCCAGGUGCUGAGCCUCCCCUAGCCCAUCCCGGCACAGACAAGAGCACUGAGGCCAAGGACCCUUCAGCUGCGGAGAACUACCCUCCUCCACCAACUCCAGCUCCCACUGAUGGCAGUGAGCCAGCCCCAGCUCCUGUUGCUGAUGGAGACAUCCCCAGCCAGUUUACACGAGUGAUGGGCAAAGUGUGUACCCAGCUUCUGGUGUCCCGACCAGAUGAGGAAAACAUCACCAGUUACCUCCAGCUCAUCGAAAAGUGCCUAACUCAUGAGGCUUUCACGGAGACCCAGAAGAAGCGGCUGCUGUCCUGGAAACAGCAAGUGCUGAAGCUCCUCCGGACAUUCCCACGCAAAGCUGCUCUGGAUAUGCAGAGCUACCGGCAGCAGAAGGGCUGGGCAUUCGGCUCCAACUCACUCCCCAUAGCUGGCUCUGUGGGGAUGGGGGUGGCCCGGCGGACCCAGCGGCAGUUCCCCAUGCCUCCCCGGGCCCUCCCACCUGGCAGGAUGGGCCUCCUGAGCCCCUCAGGCAUUGGGGGCGUCUCCCCUCGACAUGCCCUUACCAGCCCCAGCCUUGGAGGCCAGGGCCGACAGAACCUGUGGUUUGCCAACCCCGGCGGCAGCAACAGCAUGCCCAGCCAGAGUCGCAGCUCUGUGCAGCGCACCCACUCACUUCCGGUCCACUCGUCACCCCAGGCCAUUCUCAUGUUCCCUCCAGACUGCCCGGUCCCUGGGCCUGACCUGGAGAUCAAUCCCACCCUGGAGUCUCUGUGUCUGAGCAUGACAGAACACGCCUUGGGUGAUGGGACAGACAAAACCUCCACCAUCUGACAGGAUCUCCCACAGCCCAGCGCACCCAUAGGCUCCCCGGGCGGCGGGCGGGGUCCAGCCCCCAAUGGGCUUCUCUGCUGUGGCAGCGAGAGGGUGGGCUGGCUCAGCUAUACAGUCUAAUAUUUUUCUACUCCCUCACCCUCUUUAACUUUUGUUUAACAUUGGUACACACCUUGCUCACUCCCAGGCCCGUUGAGGGAUCUCUGCUGAGGCCAGGGCACAGAACGGGCAGCCAGGACAUGGGGCAAGGACUGGCCCAACUGCCUUCCUCCCCAUUCCACCUUCUGGCCUUGUCCCACCCCUGCCUCCUCCAGACAGCUGACAGUCUGCUGCUCCCUAUGGGAGCAGACUCCCCAGAGACACACUUACUGCUAGCCUGUGGAGCAUCUUGACACUGGGGAAGAGUGAGCAGGCUAGGCUGCUGGCUUGCCCAGGAUGUUAUGGAGAGGGUGAAAAUGAGGAGAGCGAUGGCCCUGCCUCUGUUCUCCUCUGUCCUUCCCCAUUCCCACCAUUCCCAAGGACAGGAGCCACCUGUUCACCUUGCUCACCCAUUUCUCAGAGGUUCUCUACAAUUAAUUUCUUAGGUCUAUUUAAGAUACAUAUUUAUAUAGUU